GUUACUUCGAUCACAUGGAAUGACAUUGAACUCAAUAUGGUUGAUACUCCUGGCCAUGCUGACUUUGGCGGGGAAGUUGAACGAGUUGUUGGGAUGGUUGAAGGAGCCGUGUUAGUUGUUGAUGCUGGGGAGGGCCCACUUGCACAAACAAAAUUUGUUCUUGCAAAAGCUUUAAAGUAUGGGCUACGCCCUAUUCUCCUUUUGAACAAAGUUGACCGACCCUCAGUUUCUGAGGAGACUUGCAUCGAGGUUGAGAGCUUGGUUUUUGAUCUUUUUGCAAACCUUGGUGCUACAGAAGAACAACUGGAUUUUCCCGUACUUUAUGCUUCAGCCAAAGAGGGAUGGGCUUCUUUGACAUAUACUAAAACCCCUGCUGAUGAUAAUAGAAAUAUGUCAGCUUUGCUGAAUUCCAUUAUACAGCAUGUCCCUUCUCCCUCUGCAAAUUUGGAUGCUCCUUUCCAAAUGUUGGUUUCUAUGAUGGAGCGUGAUUUUUAUCUUGGCAGAAUAUUAACUGGACGUGUAUCAUCAGGGGUAAUACGAGUGGGAGAUAGGAUACAUGGGCUCCGAAGCACAAAUGGAGUUGAGAAAAUUGAAGAAGGCAAGGUUCGUCAGCUUGGUUUAUUGCUUAUUAUGAAGCAUUUUAUGAUUAAGUCUAAGCAGGUGUUAACUGUUAAUGAAAAUUGAAUGAGCCAGUGCUGUACACACAAUGACACGUUCAUGUUCUCACAAAUAUUGAAGCUCUUUAUUAGAUGGAGCUGUUGCUCUAAGAUCUGGCUUCAACGAUCUCCUUUUUUACUCUUCAAAAUUGCUAGUUUUUUGAAGUUACGGGCCUCAAGUUUGU